AUGCCGAUCCGGACGCCGACGCCGGAGAGGCCGCCGGCGCCUCGGUCCGCGAGCCCGGCGCGGCCGGCGGCGGCGACGCCGCCGCCGCCGGCCGCGACGCCGCCGAGCCCGACGGCGGCCGCCGGCGCGGACGGCGACGCCGUGGUCGCGUCGCUGCAGGCCGCGGAGCUGUCGCUCGCCGUCGCCGCCGCGGCGCUCCGGGCCCGCGGCGCGGCGCCGCCGCCGGCCGUCGCCGCGGCCGCCGCGCGGCUCCGGCGCGCGGUCGACGCCGUGUCGCCGGGCGCCGCGGCGCCGCCCGCGCACACGCCCGGCGGCGCCCUCGUCCCGCGGCUCCCGGGCCAGCUCUCGGCGCCGGCCGUGUCCAAGGGCAAGGCGCGCUGGAAGGGCCUCCAGUCGUCCCUGGACCUCGGCCCCCACGGCACGCCCGGCGCGGCCUCGUCGUCGACCGGGUCCCCGCUGCCGCCGCUCGCCGACGGCGGCGUUGACCGCCGCGGCUUCGGAUCACUCGUCCAGGACCUGGGCUACGCGCCGCCGUCGAAGAAGAGCCGGCGGCAGCGCAAGAUGAAGGCGACGAACAAGAUCAUCUCGCUGCUCAAGGAGUCGCAGCGCGAGGAGGAGAAGGACGCGUCCGGCGACGGCGGCGCGGCGCCCCCGGCGCGGCGCAAGAGCCGCGGGUCCAUCCUCUACUCGCGCACGAAGACCAUCUUCGCCGCGACGGCGGCGAUGGCGCGCGAGACCUGGGGGCGGUCGCUCUUCGCGCGGCGCGCGCCCGGCGCGGUCCGCGGGCCCUGCCCCUGGUACCUCGGCUGCGGCAACUGGGUCUACCGCUGGUACUGGACGCUCGAGGCCGUGCCGGAGAACGCCGUCAACGAGCACGGCAUCAUGGACCACAACAACCUCAAGGGCGAGGACGGCGACGACGUCGGCUUCGAGAAGACGCGCGACGCGCUCGUGCUGCUGCUCCACCUGCCGGGCGUCAUGCGCCAGAAACAGUGGCCCCAGCUGUUGCUCCUGCCGAACUCGUGGGUCGUCCAGUACUGGAGCCUCUUCAUCCUGAUCCUCGUCGUCGUCCAGUCCGUCGUCGUGCCUGUGGAGGCGACGUUCGACGACGUGACGGUCUUCAAGGGCGCGCUCGAGUGGGCGUCGACGGCGGCCUUCGGGUGCGACCUGUUCUUCCAGUUCCUGUUCGCGACGACGGACGACCACGAGAAGAUCAUCGUCGACGGCGCCGUCAUCGCGCGGCACUACGUCACCUCAAAGUGGUUCUGGCUCGACCUCGUGUCCUGCGUGCCCUUCGCGGAGAUCUUCACGGCCUUCGACGACAAGAACGUCAAGUCGGCGACGAAGAACACGGGCCUGAUCAAGGCGCUGAAGCUGUUGCGGCUCUUCCGGCUGUCGAAGAUCAUGAAGAAGCUCGAGAAGCGCACGCAGGGCGGCGUCCAGUUCACGAAGCUCCUGUUCGCGGUCAUGCUCAGCGUCCACUGGAUCGCCUGCGGCUGGAAGGGCAUCGACGACGUCUGGCGCUGCGGCGACGGCAACGCGUACGAGUGGCCCGGCGCGCGAUUGGACGACGACGACGGGCCCGACGACGCGAAGCGGCGUUUGGGCGCCCGCGUGAACCGGCGCUGCCGCCGCGCGACGUUCUACACGGCCUACAGCGACUGCAUCCACCAGGCCUGCAUCUCCAUCAACGGCGACGGCCGCGCGAUCACGAACCGGGAGCAGGUCUUCUUCGCUUUUGUGGUGAUCUACGGGUCCAUCAUGCAGGCGGCCAUCUUCGGCAAGAUGGCGGGCCUGCUCCACCGCCUCGACGAGGCGCACCAGAACUACCAGACGAAGCUCAUCACGGUCCAGAAGCGCGUCGGCUACAUGGGGCUGCCGCCGGACCUCCAGGACCGCAUUUUACGGUAUUACGAGCAGCUCUGGGAGAAGGACCGCAGCGUCACGCCGGACACGCACCACUUCCUCAAGGAGCUGACGCCGCGGCUCCAGCUCGACGCGCGCCUCGCGAUCUACGCGGACCUCAUCAAGCGGAUCCCCUUCAUGCAGCGCAUCACGCGGAACAUGCUCGAGCACCUCGUCAUGCAGAUGAAGCCCACAAUCUACAUGGAGUCGGAGUCGAUGAUGCGGAAGCACGACAUCGGCGACUGGAUGGCCUUCGUCGAGAGCGGCAUGCUCGCGGUGCUCGACCCGGGCUCCCAGCGGUCGCGGAUCCUGAAGCUCAUGCACGCGGGGGACCACGUCGGCGAGCGGGCGCUCCUGGACCAGACGCCGCGGUCCGCGACGGUCAUCGCGCUCGUCUGGACCACCGUGAACGUGCUCACGCGCGACGACUGGGACCGGACGCGCGCGGCCUUCCCGGCGGAGGCGGAGCGCGUCCAGCAGGACCUCGUCUCCCACUCGUCGCGCAAGGCGAAGCCGCGCCUCGAGGACGGCGACGCCGAGGAGAAGGCGGACCGCCGGUCCUACAUGUCCGGCGUCCGCGGCGUCGGCGCGAACAUCCUCAAGAACUUCGGCGGGAAGAAGGCGGGCUACCGCCUCACGCAGCAGCGCAAGGUCGCCGCCGAGGUCGUCUCCGCCCUGCCGCCCAUGGGCCCCGGGGCGACGCUCGGCCGCGGCACCGAUGCCGACGAGGCCAAGGGCGGCGACGGGGCGCCGCCGGCGCGCGAGUCGAGCUCGUCGCCGAGCCAGUGGUCCGACAAGCGGCGGCGGAAGAUGCUGCACUACGGCGUCGAACACUCGAGCGCGCGGCGCCUGCCCGGCGCGGGCGACGGGCCCGACCCGGCGCGCGCGCCGACGCGGCGCGCGCCGCGGCGGCGGCGCAUGUCCGUCCGCGAGUGCGUGCUCGACGAGCUCUACCUCACGGAGCCGGGCAACAAGGCCACCGUGGAGCUCCUCAUGCGCGGCAUGCCCAUGCCCGCGUCCUUCGGCCUGCCGGACACGGACGGGACGCUCUCGUCGAACGCGUGGGCGUUCGUGAAGCUGUUCCAUCCGGCGGUGUCCAUCUGCUACGUGCACCCGCUCUGCCCCUUCUCGAGCAAGGAGCGUUUGGUGGUUUUUAUCUGCUCCGUGGCCUUCAACUUCCUCUGGUCGACGUUCGUCGAGUACCAGUCCGAGGACCUCGGCCGGUCGCGCGAGAACCGGUGGCGCAAGACGGCGAUGAUCCUCACGAAGCACACGGUCACCGUGCUCUACGCCGUCUUCAUCCGCCAGCUGGUGAUCUGCCCCUGCCUCUACAAGCAGAUGCUCGCCGCGCUCGACGGCCGGCGCGCGACGGCGGGCGAGAUCGAGCAGCGCGCGAUCACGCUAAGGCGCUGGAAGGUCCGCGGCGACCGGGUCCUGCUCGUGCUCCUCGCGUCGCACAUCGUCGUCAUCUCCCUCGUGCUCGACGUGCUCCUCAACGACAACUGGAUGCCGGAGAAGAGCGACGCGAAGACGAUCAUCUUCGAGGCGAUCUUCUUCUCCGAGCUCGUCAACUUCUUCCUGUGGUUCCUGAAAUUCGCGCCCCUCUUCCUGCUCCUGUUCCCCAUCCACCGGGCCCAGUGGUUCCAGGGCGGCGACCUCGCGGACUACCUGCUCUGCAAGCGGGGCUGGUACGGCUACCUCGACUCGCCGAACUACGGGAACCCGGACUUCCCGCGGUGCGUCGCGCCCGAGGCCACGCACGCAACGAGCGCGGACCUCGGCACGCUCGUCACCGACGCGCUCCACCUCGGCAAGGGGACCUCCGGCGGGUUUUCGCUGUCGACGUUCCGCCGGAAGAGCGAGAUCCAGGCCUACAAGGCCCGCGUCACGGAGCUCGCGCGCAAGGCCGAGGCCCCGAAGCUCGAGACGAGCGGCGACGCGAGCGCCCUGGCGAGGCGGAACCCCGCCGUCCGGUCGUCGUCCCAGUACUCCGUGCAGUCCUGCGUGCUGAACUGGGAGUCGCGCGGGUGCACGGACUUGGAGCAGUCCCGCCGCAGCUCGCGCUCGUACUUCGGCGACCCGUCGACGAUGAAGAUGAUGGCCAGCGACGACUGCACGAAGAUCACGGCGCCUGGAUAUUCGAGGACGGUCGACGACGGCCCCUGGUGCGACGCCAUGGGGCAGCCCUACGAGGCGGUCCCGUCGGACCCCGAGGAGGCGGACCUCGUGCGGAAGCCGCGGGCGCUCGCGUGCCGGCGGCCGGCGGCGCGCACCGCGGCGCUCGUCACCAUCCUGUGCUGCCUCGGCGCGUUGAUCGGCGUGUCCGUGAGCCGCUACGAGACGAGCAAGGAGACAAAGUCGCGCGCGAGCGCGCGGAGCGCGUCGGAUUCGCGCGUCCACGGCGCGUCGGACGUCAACGACGCGAGCGGCGGCGGCGUCGACGGCGCGCUGAGCCACGUGACCUACUCGUUAACGCCGGACGACUUCAUGGCGCAGCGGGCCGUCCGCGGCUACCUCCACGCGGAGGGCGUCGACACGACGGACGUCGAGGCGCUCAAGGCCUAUCUGCCGGCCUACAUCAACGUGACCCUGCGCGCGGACCUCGUCCACGGCCGGUUGGGCGCGCAGGCCGCGGGCGGCUACCUCGCGUUCAACAUCUACUACGGCGACGACGUGUCCUACGUCGUCCUCAUGUCCUACAACGGCACGGUGCACAAGAUGUUCCCGACCUUCAUCGUCCAGGACAAGAUGCACGUCGACGCUUUAAAGCCGCGGGACGGCUCCUCGCUGCUCAUGGCGGGCAACAUCAACAUGACCGAGGAGGGCUCGAUAUACGUCUGGAACUGGCGGACGGACAACCUGACGCGCGUCUCCGGCGGCAACUACGGCGUCAACUCCCACGACGUCCAGUGGGCGUCGUCGGCGGCCCUGCCGUCCUUCUGGGCGCCGGUGCACGCGGGCGUGCAGAGAAUCCACGCGUCCACGGGCGACGUGUUGGACACGUUGACCGUCGACGGCGGCGUCGCGUCGGACGUGAACCACGCCCAGUUGAUCCAGGGCAACACGAAGGCUAUAUUUUCCUCGCGUUUAACGGACGCGCUGAUCAAGUACGACGUCGAGACGCAGGAGGUGGACUGGAUCUGCGGCGGUUCGUACGGCGAGUUCGACCUGUACGACAUCCGGGGCGUCAAGCACGCGCCGGGCUCCAAGCUCUGGGCGGGCCAGCACAACGCCGAGUACUUUGGGAACAACCUGUACUUCAUGUUCGACAACAUGUACGACCAGGAGCGGCCGAGCCGCGCGCUCAUCGUCGAGAUCGACGAGGACGCGCGGACGGCGCGCGAGGUCUGGGAGUACAUCUACGCCGCCUACCCGGGGGGCUACAGCCCCAUGUUCGGCGACAACGACCAGCUGCCCACGGGCAACGUUUUAACGGCGGAGACGGGCGAGCACGACGCGCACGUCGUCGAACUGACGCGGGACAAGGCCACGGCCUUCCAGCUGAGCGUCAUGGGCUACGGCUCGAGCCACAGCGGCCGGCGGUCGUCCCAGGUCGGCUGGAAGAUGUACAGCGUCGAGCGCUUCUACGACGCGCCGCUGAUCUACAACGCGUCGUGCGUCGGCGGCGAUCUGUCGUUCGUGACGCACAACAGCUUCAAGCAGAACGACGAGUACAGCGGCACCUACGUGCUGCGGACGACGCAGGGCGUGACGCCCGCCGACGACGGCGGCGUCGACGUGACGUCGGGCGUCGUCACGUGGCUGCCCCACUGGCUCGCGACGACGGUGACGGGGACCUACGACGCCGCGGGCUACGACGAGCUCGAGCUCACGGUCACGAACCAGUACGGCGACUCGGCGACGAAGACCCUGACCUGCGGCUGA